UAGAAACCGAGAUCUAGAUCUCAUCAUUUAGAUGUAGAUUAUAUAGAUCUAUUUCAAAUGCAAAUAUUUCCUUUUAUUCUCCACAUUAAAAUCCGCUAUACUAGUCUAUUGCGCAUGCUCGACAAUCUUUGAACCUUUAGUGUUCACGAAAGGUCACUGACUUCACUAACGUUUUAAAUGCGAUGUCUCUCUAGGUCACUUUCUCCUGUUACGCUUUAAGCCAAGUUAAGCGUAAACUCAAAGUCACUCAGAUAAUUCAGUUAGAGCUAGAUAGAUCGAGUCAUCUAUUCAUGUUAUAUGAUGGGGAUCUCAGAUUAUAACAUUUUUGGGCUUCGGUUUGUUUUUCUAUUAUGCCUUGUCAUAUUCUGGAUAGAUCUAAUUCUUAUAUCUAGUAUAGCAAGCGCUUCAACAGUCUCGGAAUAUAGCUCUAGAUCGUCAGAUCUAUCUAAGACAAUAGAUGAAGAGAAACACAAAAGUGUUUCGUCGUCUGACCAUGUAGAAGAAGCACAUGAAGAAAAAUCUAAUCACACUGAACGUUAUAAAAUUGUUGGCUUUGAAUUUCAUCAUGUUGAAGUGCCUUAUGUUAUAUGCCUAUGGAUUCUUCUCGCCAGUGUUGCCAAAAUAGGAUUUCAUCUGUAUGACAAGUUGCCUCACAUCUUUCCGGAGAGUUGUCUUCUUAUCACACUGGGGAUACUGGUAGGAGUGACACUGUACUUCACGGAGACAGCUAGCAGCACACAAUAUACCCUUGAUGCCAACACAUUCUUUCUCUUCCUUCUACCACCUAUCAUCUAUGAUGCAGGCUACCAUAUGCCCAAUAAACCAUUCUUCAAUAAUUUGGGAACUAUUUUACUCUUAGCCGUGGUUAACACUUUAUGGAAUACUUUAGGCAUAGGUUUAGGCCUAUGGGGAAUGUCCUAUUUAGGCUGGAUACAAAAGAAUGUCAGCAUACUUCAUAGUUUUGUUUUUGCUGCACUUAUUUCUGCCGUUGACCCAGUAGCUGUACUGGCAAUUUUUGAAGAGAUACAAGUUAACGAGAUACUGUACAUUAUUGUCUUUGGGGAGUCUCUACUCAAUGAUGGAGUCACUGUGGUUAUCUACCGUAUGAUGGAAGGUUUUACCGAAAUUGGUGAAAGUAACCUUGAAGUUGUUGACUUCUUUGCUGGCAUUCUGCAGUUUUUUGUUGUGUGUUUAGGUGGCACUUUGAUUGGAGUUAUCUAUGGAUUACUUGGAGCAUUUAUCACCAAGUACACUGAUCACGUCAGAGUUAUUGAACCUUUAUUUAUUUUUGUUCUGGGCUAUCUGGCUUAUUUAACUUCAGAAAUAUUUGAACUUUCUGGUAUUUUAGCGCUGACAUUUGGUGGUAUAAUUAUGCGUCACUAUACUGAAGCAAACAUGACCAAGAAAUCAACCACAACUGUAAAAUACUUUAUGAAAUUGAUGGCAAACAUAUCCGAAACAAUCAUUUUUAUGUUUCUAGGACUCUCUACUGUUAUUGAUUCUCAUGAUUGGCAAAUUGAUUUUAUCCUAUUUGCAAUUUUAUUUUGUUUGAUAUUUAGAGUUACAGGUGUAAUAUUUUUGGCAUUCAUGGUUAACCGCCGGCGUUUGAUACGACUGUCACCAAUUGAUCAGUUUAUCAUGUCUUAUGGUGGGCUGAGAGGUGGUAUAGCAUUUUGUCUUGCUUUACUACUGGAUGCAGAGAAGAUGCCUGAGCGAGCGAUGUUUGUUACCACCACUUUAGUCAUUGUCUUCUUCACAGUUUUUAUACAGGGUAUCACUAUUAAGCCAGUAGUGAAUGCUUUAAAGGUAGAGAGAGCAGGAGAGAAAGAUCCAUCUAUGAAUGAAAUGAUACAUAAAAGGUUGAUAGAUCAUCUAAUGGCUGGUAUGGAAGAUAUAGUUGGCAGAACUGGUGAUAACUCAAUGAAACACAAGUUUGAUUACUACAACACUAGAUAUUUGAAACCCUGGCUGUUAAGAGAGAAACCAAAAUCAAGGGAUACAACCAUUGUACAAGGUUUUACCAAACUAAGUUUACAAGAGGCUAAAGCAGCUGUCAGAUCUCAAGGGAUCUCCAGAGAUCCUUCCUUCUUAAAUCUACUACAGAAUACACAUACCUUGGCUAACUUAUAUCAACGCAGGGCAACAAUUGGUGUACCCAACGAUAGAGAACAUGAAGUGAUAAUUAACUUUCCCAAUGAUCCUGCAUUCACAAAAAUUAAUGAUGAUGGUCAAAAUAUACAGAAUGUUCUUCAAGAAUCUAUGUUUCAACCAAGAAGUGCAUGGGUCAAAGAGCGUCGGCAUACACUAGCAGAAAUCCACAAUCAUCCACCAUUUCAACAUGUUGAGCGUGAACAUCUAAGACAUCUGUUUAGUGACAUGCAUAAUCAAGCUAAGCUGGAAGGAGCCAAAAAUAGCAUGUAUACAAAUAUUAGUGAGUCAAAGAGAGAAAGGAGAAAUAUUAGUUUCUCCACAUUAAAUCUGCCCCAGGAGAAAAGGAUAGCAGAGUCAGCGUCUAACACCCAGGAACCAACAAACAAUUAUAUUGAGUCCAAGUCUACUUAUAAGUUUUGUCAACCACAAGAAACUAAUAUCAUGCCCCAUGAGGUGUCAGUCCCUACAGAAGUAGUUUUUACUCUUGGUAUGCCAGCCUCUUCAAAAAAAUCUAAUGGAGUGAAGAAAUCUCCUCCACAUUUGACAUCAUCAUCAUCUAAAUUAGCCCCAGUUUCAAAUAAUUUGAAGAAAUCUAAAACCAGUUUUCAAGCUACUAGUAAUGAUUCUCCAUACUUAUCUUCCAAUGACCCAGAUCCAGGUAUGUUUGCUGGUGUCAAUUUAAAUAGGACUGAGUCAGCCAACAUUCCUUUGUGUAAUUCUACAAGUGUUUCUGAAAACUGCCAGAGUAUAUCUGAAUCUGGAGACUUUCGGGAUGGAGAUGAUGACGGUAGAUCCAUCAAAGAAGAAACACUUGCAGAGAGUUCACUUCCAUGGCGUCGUUCAACAUCACUGCCUCCUGUGUCCUCUUCUGUAUCUCUGAGCCUCCCAGAUGAUGAAAAUCCACUUAUGUCAGAAGCUCCCUCAUGGGCAGACAAUCUUGCUUACAGUCAUCUUACAGAAACAGGUUCACCAUACAAUUCUCCUAAUAACACUAUUACAGCAGUGCCAAAAGAGUCUCACCCACGACCCAUCUUUGAUCUCUUUCCACCAGCUUCUCCCCCUCAUAGUGAAGCAGCUUUACUUUCUAUACCUCCUCCUUGGAGCUGCACAGAGACUACUGCAGAUUUGAUGAUAGAAGAGCCUCUACCAAGCCAGUCUCUCAAGGCCCGUGACUCUGGAGACAAAGCAAGUUGCCUUUUAGUAUCUGCCCAUGAUCUAGUACCUCCUUCUUACCAUUCCUGUCUUGAGCUAAACAACAGAGGACUUGAACCCCCAAUGACUCGCAGGCAUAGUGAAGCAAGUUCUCCUGUGCAUUUUCAGUUAAUGGAAAAACCAGACUCAGCUUCAGUAGCAGCUAUUGAGUCUCAACUGAUAGGCAUUGAAGAAGACUACCAUCAUGCUAUGACAGACAGAGUGUCCAUGUGGUUGGCUAGCCACAAUGCUGAUCCUUUUGAUCAGGAAGAAAUACCAGUAGACACAUCCACAGAAGAAAAAGAAAAAAUUUUAGAAUCUCUUAGGAGAAAAAAAGAGAACUGGACAUUAGGAGAUGAUGAUGAGGGAACUGAUGCUGAUGUAGAAUCAGAUGAUGAUAUACAAGAUACAAGGUUGUGAUCACACAUGCAUUCUACCUGAAUUUGUAAAUACAUAUUUAUUUUAUUUUUUUAAAUAUUUAACACCAAGAUUUUAUUGUUUAUUAUAAGAAUAAUUUUUUUUUUUUAAAUUAAAGUAUACACUGCCUUUGAAGCAUAUUUGGUGGCAAAAAAAAAUAAUUAAUGGCUUUCUCAUGUCACAAACAGGAAAUUUCACCCCUCCUCUUUUUAAAUCAGUUUGCAAGCCAUAAAACCUAAAUGUUUUAAUCCUUAUGACAAACAGAAAAAACAACUUGAAUGAAUUAGUAGUAUCUUUGGUACAUUUUAGGUUAAAAGUUUAAUGAAAAUGUGUUUGCAGACAUUAAAAUAUAGAAAUUAUAAUAAUAAAAAAAAUGUGUUUGCUACUAUAUAUUUGUGUAGAAAUAAAUGGUAUUAAACAAUGUGUUUUAGUCUUGACAAAUAAGUGAAAGUACUACUUUUAUUUCAAAUUAUAUUUUCAAUAUAAUUUCAAUCAUUUGCAUUUUAAAUGUCGACUAUUAAAAAAAAACAGGAUUGCCUUCAAUUUUGUGUAAUUCACUCUUUAGUUAUUGAAUCAGGUUUAUUGUUUAUUGCAUGCCACAGAAAAAGACAAAGAAAAAAUAAGGUUUGCUGAAGGACACAUCUUCCUGUCCACUUAAUUUUGAAUUUGAUAUUUCAUUCUUACAGACAUGCUCUAGAAGUAAGCAAUAAUAACAGAUUAUCUUGUAUUAUAUGCUUUAAUACUAUUGAAUAACUCUUAGAUUACAACAUUAUAAAAUAACACUUUUCCAUUCAUGAUUGGACCCCACAGCAAUUGUACAUAGAAAUUGAGAUUAUGCUCAUUUUUUUAUUUUGAAGGAGACUAAAAUCUCAUUGUCUUCUUAAAUAGACUCCUUGAAUUGACAUAAGAAGUCUGCUACUUAAAUUGCAUCUAGUAAAAUACCAACUUUUUUUGCUUCUUACUAUAUUUAAAAAAAAAGGAAUUUUUUUUUUUUUUUGCAAUAAAAUCAUACAAAAAAUAACUAGGUGCAUUUUACUUUUGAAAAGAAUAGUAUUGGUAGUUGAUUAUUUGUUUAAAAAAUCUGCAGUAAAAAUAUUAUAAUUAUAAAUAAUUUUUAUUUAAAAUGUGUCCUCGUUACAUAAUUUUCAAACAUGCUCUAUGAUGGUAUGAUAGUAUGUGAAUUGAUCAUGCUACGAAAUAUUUUUUAUAUAGUUAUUUUAAAUUUAUGCAAUUAUGUUAGCCAUGCAAUGCUAUUCAUUCAUUGUUUUUUUUCUAAAUAUUUUUACAUAAUGAAUUUCCACUGAGGUACAAAAUAUUUUGCUAGUGGUAAAAAGUUUUGUUAUUGCCUCUUCAGAGGGAUAGGUUGGUCAUGUGGACUACUUAUUGAUAAUUUAAUAUGAUAUGAAUUUAAAGAUCUGAUAUGAAAUUUUGUUUUACAUCGAGUAUAGAGGCAGCUAAUGUUUUGAUUUAUAACACUUUUUAUCUAUAAAAACAUCACUAGUUUUAAAGGCUUUGAAGGGUACUUAUUAAAUGAUUGUAUUUUUUUUUAUAUUGCCUAAAUGUUUUGUGUACCAUGUCAAAAAUCAAAAUUUUUGGAUAUAGUAUUUAAAGUAUGAGCACUAAAAUAAUUUUUUGAACUCUACAUUAGUCAAAGCAAAAUUAUUUGAUUAAAAAUGUAAUAUUUUCAUGCUUUUAUAUUGUUCUUGCAUUUAUUUUUAUUAAUGCUGGAUAAAUACAUUGUAAGCACUGUGUAAAGUAAACAUAAUUUGAUUAAUGUGCUGCAUUUACAUUUUCUGAUUUGCAUUUAUUUUGCUAACAUUAUUUAGUGAAAAUUUUUUAGGUACCCUGUAAUUCAUGAAAUGUUUAUUCCUAUAAGAUUGAAAACAAACCAACAUAUUAUAUAGCCUAAGUGACCAAAAAGGGUGCUGUCAUUUUUUUUACAGAAUUUUAUUUUUAUUUGUUACCAAUGUUACAUUUCAAAAUAUAAGUUUCUAGUCUAUUAACUUUUGUGCUUAUAAAAAUUAGCAAGUAACUAGUAGGGGCUUGUAUGUUUUUUUUCUCCUUCAAUUUAAGUUAAAUUAAACAAUUUCUAUUUCCUUUAUACUAAGGUUGGUUAAUGACAUUUUAUCAUUGCUAAAUUUACUUUUAGAAAUAAAGGACAUUUGAUAUUUUU